AUCAACAACCUAGGAAUUCUAUACGUAGAACAAGGCAAGCUAGUAGAGGCAGAGAGGAUAUACAAGCAGGCGCUACGAGGAUAUGAAGAGAAACUUGGGCCUAGCCACUACUCAACACUAGGCACGGUCAACAACCUGGGCCUUCUCUACGCGGACCAAGGCAAGCUGGUCGAGGCAGAGCAGAUGUACGAGCGGGCGCUGCGAGGAUACAAG